CAUUCAGAGCUGUGUCGAUAAAUUAUAGGUAUAUGUACGUGUGUACAUAUAGUUGUCGAUGGUUCAGACGUAGUUAAUUAGUAAUUUUUUUGGAAGAUACGCACCUUUCAUUUGGUUAGAUAGUAUUUUUUUAAUAUAAAAGAAAAUGAACGCAAUAUCUAAAUCCGCGAAUGUGAAUCUUUUUCUAAAAGCAACAACUGCUGCUGUUUCAAAUGGAUCAGCGCCUAUUGUCACAAUAAACAAGGGCAAAAAGGAAAAAGUAGCUACGGCUCUCCCCGUUAUUCCAAAAACCUCUUACAGUUUUUUUCAAAAUGGUUUUAUUCGGCCCAUCAAAUUGAGUUCUGGACCGACAGUGGGAACUCAAAUUUCACAGCAACGUUUGUCUCAUACAGACAUUAGAGUACCAGACUUCGAUAAUUAUCGAAAAGACUUUUUGAAAGAUCCUACUAUGAGAUCAAGGGAUUAUAAUGCGCAAAAAGGAAAUUUUGGGUAUUUUGUGGCAACAGGUACUACUCUAGCUACCGCCUAUGGAGCAAAAGCUAUAGUUUAUGGUCUUCUCAGUUCAAUGGCAGCUUCUGCGGAUGUUUUGGCUGUUUCUAAAAUUGAAGUAAAACUAAGCAACAUUCCAGAAGGACAGAGCAUGGUUUUCAAAUGGAGAGGAAAACCUUUGUUCAUUCGUCAUCGGAGUGCUAAGGAAAUAGAAAAAGAAGAAUCAGUUGACGUUUCAAUCUUACGAGAUCCUCAGCAUGAUCGUGACCGAGUUAAACGGCCUGAAUGGUUAGUAGUGUUAGGUGUCUGCACACAUCUUGGAUGUGUACCAAUCGCAAAUGCUGGUGACUUUGGUGGCUACUACUGUCCGUGUCAUGGUUCCCAUUAUGAUGCUAGUGGAAGAAUAAGAAAAGGACCUGCGCCAUCAAAUUUGGAAGUACCAGCUUACCAAUUUCAAGACGAUGUAGUCAUUGUUGGUUAACUUGAUAUAGAUUAACUUAGUAAAGUAAUUUUUACGUAUAAUAUGUUCGCGAUGCAUUUCAAUAUGCGUCAGCAUUGUAAGUUAUAUUUAAAAUUUUAAUAAUACAAUGUUUCAACUUAUGACGGAAAUGAGAGAUUACUACUAACUUUCUCUUAAAGUGUAUUAUCUUAAAUUGUACAAUCUCUAGAAUCAAUAAAUAUUCAAUCCUA